ACUUCCCAUGGUGCCCGCUGGCAUUUCCUCAGUGCUGCGUCACAUGUUUUCCUCCCUCACGCGGUGGAUCCCUCGGGUGUGCUUCCGCGGCCAAUCGGGAACAUGGCAGACGAGGAGGACUCGGCACCGGAGCCUGCCGCUGCCUCUGCCCAGGAGAGCCCUCUCACUGGGCGGCCUCAUUCCGUCUUCUUCUCCGAGAGCGUCCAGCCGGCUGUCGGGAUGGUGAGCCAGCUGCUAACGCAGCCUUCGUCCCUGAAGUUUGAUAAAAACAUCAAACAGGCCUUCUACAACACGGGGGCGAUGAUCUUUGUGGCUAUCUGCUGCGGAGCCGCUGUCCUGGUCUACUUCAUCCUGGAGGCCUUCCUCCGCCCGCUGCUCUGGGCAGUGCUCUGCGGGACCUUCCUACACCCCUUCAAGCACUCUCUGGCCCGGCUCGGUCGCUCCUGGCUCAGCGGCCUGCAGGAGACCGGGACGCCCAUCGUGGUGGGGACCCUGCUGAUCCCGGUGUGGUGUGUGAACUACGGGGUGGAGGCGAUGGGCAAGCUGGUCCUGGAGAAGCUCACGGUGCUGCUGGUGAUCGGGGCCGGGGCGCCCAUGGUCUACUUCCUCUACCUGUCCUGGAGCGUCAUCGGCAUGCAGGUGAUCCUCGGGCACGUCUGUGGGAUCAUCGGGGCCGUGCUGGACUGUUUCCACACUGUGUGGGUUUGCACUGUGGUGUUUGGCUACUUGUUGGCGGUUUGUUUUAAGUGGAGUCCUCACACUCAGCACUACCUGAGGGCUCUGGCACUUCCUGUCUGGGGCAUCCUGCUCUUCUACACCGUGUCUCUGACCGGCUCGUGGAGAGUGCCCAUAUUUGUGGUUAUGGUUAUACUCAUCAUCAUGGGCUCCCAAGAGAAACCACCUGUUCCUGGCAAAGGUGAGCUGUCGGGGCAGGUGUUAUCAUUCGCUGCUAACACUAUUUACAUGGCAAUCUCCUGUAGCAACCUUCAGAUGAAAACUGAGCCCAGUGAAAACUCUACCUCUACAGAUGGUGUGCAGGCUAUGGGCCCCCUCCCCUCCACGCCCGGCUUCCCCCGGGGCUCUCGUUCAUUACCAGCUGGCCUCUUCCAGAAAGAGAAAAGCUCCCAGAGAGCCAGCGAUAUUUACUUUAUUCUCCUGGUCUGGGCCAUUGUUCUGGUUCAGGUCUGGCUCAACCUCUGGCUCCUGCAGCUACUGCCUAUCCCUGUGGCUGUGUGGGUGCUGAAGAAGCUGGUGGUGCACUUUGGCCUGAAGGGCUUUGCAGAGCGGACUGUGAUGUCAUGGUGGGCGGUGCUGGAGAAGCUAGGACGUGAGCGUGAGGACGCCCUGCUGCCCGGACCAAUCAAAGGCUUGGCUCAGUUCCUGCUGCGUAUCGACACUAAGCUCUGGCAUUGGCUUAACAAGCAGAUGAUCGUGUGGUUGGAGCGAUCUCUGGAUAAAAUCAUCAGCACCUUCAUCAUCUUCCUCCUGGUCACAGGGACCCUGCUCAUGGCUCUGCUGCUCACUGCUAUGGUUCAUCAUGAAAGUGUUCACAUCAUCGACGUAACCAGUAACCUCAUCAACGAGACUGUGUCGAACCAUCCAGAAUGGGCCAAUUGGCUUCCAGAGGCUCGUGUGGUGCAGAAGGCUCUGAACUCAGCUGCUACUAACGUUUAUCAACACGGUAGAGAAUGGAUAACACAAAAACUCCAUAAGAUGUUAGGAGACAAGGUGAACCACACAGCUGUGAUUGAGAAACAGGUUUUGGAGCUCUGGGACAGGCUGUACCACUCCUGGUUUGUGAAGAACACGACCCACACUGGACGCCUCCGCGGUCAGAAGAUGAUGGUUCAGAGAGGGAACAGCUGGCUCGGUGAAAUCCUGGACUGGAAGGACAUCGCCUCCUUUCUGCAGGAAAAUAUUGAGACUCUGCUGUCUAUCCUGGAGUCUCUGUGGGUGGUAAUGAGCAGAAAUGUCGGCCUUCUCAUCUCCACCACCACCACUCUCCUCACCGUGUUGUUCCACAGCGGCACGGCUCUGCUCAACUUUGUUCUCAGUCUGGUGAUUUUCCUGACCACUCUCUUCUACCUGCUGAGCUCCAGCGGUGAAUACUAUAAACCUGUCAAAUGGGUGAUCAACCUGACCCCCCUCUCCCAGCCCGGACCUUCCUCAAAUAUCAUCGGCCAGUCUGUCGAGGAGGCCAUCAGAGGAGUGUUUGACGCCUCUCUGAAAAUGGCGGGCUUCUACGGCCUCUACACUUGGCUCACUCACACCAUCUUUGGCAUCAGCAUCGUCUUCAUUCCUUCUGCUCUGGCUGCCAUCCUGGGUGCGGUGCCGUUCCUGGGGACGUACUGGGCGGCGGUGCCGGCGGUGUGCGACCUGUGGCUGGUGCAGGGCGAAGGCGUCAAGGCCCUGCUGCUGCUCAUCUGCCACCUGCUCCCAACAUAUUUUGUAGAUACAGCUAUCUACUCUGACAUAUCAGGGGGUGGACACCCGUACCUGACCGGUCUGGCGGUGGCAGGUGGAGCGUACUAUCUGGGUCUGGAGGGCGCCAUCAUCGGGCCCAUCCUGCUCUGCAUCCUGGUUGUUGCAGCCAACAUCUACAGCGCCAUGCUGAUGAGCCCCAGCUCUGCGGCGCCGACACCGGUGCAGUCCAGCUGGCCGCUCCAUCCAAUCAGGACCUUCGCAGACUCGACCCCCUCUGUCCCGAAGAAGACCAGUGAGUGAGAGCGAGAGGGCGUGUCCCUGUGGACCAUCACCCUCAGGGGGCGGCGCUCCCCUCCCUGAAGCUCCUCCCUACGCCGCGCGGCUCCGCCUCGACUGAGAAGAGAUGCCGGCGUAGCAGCUGGUCACCCAUGAUGCCGUUUGUUUACUGGAGCUGUUUCUGUGAACACCAUGGCAACAAUUCAAGACCCUAAAAUUACAGAUGCAAGCGUUUAACCAGAUCCCUAACGUGGACCAAUGACAUCACAUUGGGCAUUACGAAUAUGAAUGACGGAGACGUUGAUGCUAAUCACAUCAUCUCUCACAACGCCAGUGCCUAAAUUGAUUUAGUAAAUUACCGUGCGGUUUGUGGUGAAUCGUAACGUGACCUGUUUUAUCUACAAAGCCCCUAGUUUCCACCCUGCACACCCUGACUGUGCUUUAAGCUACAGGAUGUGGUUGUGUGGUAUUUGUGCUCCCUACCUCUCUCCUCAUGGAGGCUCAAGCUGAGCUCACACCUGGCACAAGAGAAGGAGUUGUUGACUGUUCUUUAGUUUAACUUCAUGUUUCAUUCACGUUUCAGUGAUAGAAGCUGUGAGUUUGCAACAGUGGAUCUCCUCUUUGAAAAAGAUUCAUACUCCAGGGCCUGUUUCAUACAGCAGGCUUUGUUUAGUUUGACUAAUUUUCAGUUAAUUCGGUUCCAUAAAAGCAAAUAACCUAACGCGCCAGGGUCACACACUUCCAGAAACGACCUGGGAGGUGACUGGAUGAACCGCCUGUCUAUCACAGGCUGCUGGAGCCAGUUUGGAGAAGAGCUAAAACAUCUUUUCCAGUGAGGAAAAAACCUUCAGUGCUAUUCUUUGCACAAUGAAUAAACACUCUCUGGUAGCUGCCGAUAGAUCCUCACAGGAUGUUGAUACACAGAGGCGUCAUCUGAAGCCUGACAUGAUGCAUUUAUUUGAUAACCGAUCCUGUGAUUCCUGCAUAAUCUUGCAAGCUGCUGUGCAAGGUUAUAAAGCAUAUUCAACAUACACUACUGGUCAAAAGUUUUAGAACACUCCAACUUUUCCAGAAUUUUAAUGAAAUGAUGCAGUUUAAUGUCUCAGUGUACUCUGAAAUUAAUGCAUAUAACAAAUAAACAACUGAAGUUAAAAAAUAAAUCAUAGAAUCAAUUUAGAAAGGAAAAUGUAUUCUAAACUGUUGACUCAUGGAAGUAGCACCUUAACAGAAAGUUCUUCCCAACUCUGUUGCAGAAGUUCCCUUAAAUGUGGAGCAACUUGUAGGUUGUAAGUGAUCAAGAAAAGUUGGGACACCUGUAGGAAUUGGUAGCAACUUAGCAACUUUCAAGGCUUGAUCAACCUCCGUUGCUGCAGAACUGCUUUAAGUUGUUAACCCAUUUCUUGUUCCCUGAAAAAGGCCUUUUUCUAUAAUUCUGAAAUGUACAUUAUUUUUCAGUUUUGGUUAAACUUACCUUUUUUUAUUUACCUCUGGCAGUUCACCACUUACCUUUGUACCAUUUCAAGCUGUUCAUUUGACUUGAACUGCUUGAAUUUCAAUAAAAAACUGGAAAUAUUGUGGUGUUCUAAAACUUUUGACCAGUAGUGUAGUUUAAGCUCAGUUACGAUGGCAACUUGUGCUGAAAAGCUAGUUGAUUUUGCUUAACGGAGCCAAGUCAGAUUCAAAGAGUCAGACUCACUGAAACAAGCCUUGUGUAUUUGGAAAACGUCCUUUCUGAAACAGGCCCCGGCAGGCUGUGUGACCACUGUUUCACUUUUUCAGUUGAAGUUGUGUUCGGUUGAGUCACACCAACUGUUUCAUCUUAUUUUUUUGAUGGUAACUACUUUAGUGGAUCAGAUGAGACUUCCUGCCUUCAGGGAGUCUGGUCUGAAUCAGAGACCAGAGGAAUACUGAGGACGUCUGUUUUUACAAUAUUAAUUUAUUUCAAGCUUAACUUUUUUUGUUGUUGUUUUUUUACACACUGUGAGUGCAUGUACACACAAAACAAGCUUUUCAUUUUUAACACACUUAGCUGAUCUGUCCGUAUGGAUGCAUGUUUACACUCAGGAUAACUGGAUAUUGACCAGUUCGACUGAGGACUUUUGUGAGCACUUUCCAGUUUGGUGACUGUUCUCGCCAUCACAUGGUGUCGUCAUAGUUCUGACCUCACACACCUACGAUCUGUUAAAUGUCUUGAUAGUUUCUACUCAUCUCAUCCACUCCUGCACUUGUCCACUCCGUACUUAAACUACAGUCAGAGCUCUUUUCUGAAAACGAUGAAGUAGCUUUAAUGAACGAGCUGUACAGAUGUUUAGUGUAUGUAUGUAAUGUGAGACGUUGCUACAUGGCUACUGUGUUAGCUGUCUGAGAGCUGUGACGUGUUCUGGGUCGGAACAGUUGAUCUACUUCACUGUUUAUCUAAUUCACUGUAGUUUUCAUUUGGUACAGUUGCUUGCACUUCUGUUUUUAUUACCGGAUAUGCACUGACACAAUAAACAUUAUGAUUUAAACUGC